AUGGCUUCACCACAGGAUGACAAGAACCCUGGAGUCAUGGGAAACAUAUUUAAAGCGGUUACUGACACUUUCGGCGGUGCCAAAGACGCUGUAACCGGAAAAAGUCAGGAAGCCACCGAGAAGGCGCCGGUGGAUUCCAUCGCUGAAAAAGCAAAAGAAGCCAAGGAUACAACAACGUUAAAAGCCGGAGAGUUCAAGGACUACACUACACAGGUUGCAAGAGAAACCGCUGACGUGGCUAACCACAAAGCGAAGGAAGCCCAGGACUUGGCUGCAGAGAAAACAAAAGAAAGCAGUGAUGCAACUGCUCAGAAGGCCACAGAAACAAAAGAUUUUAUUGCUGAGAAGGCCAUUGCUUCAAAAGAUUUUACGACUGAGAAGGCAAAAGAAGGGCAAAAUUCCGCUGUUGAAACUGCAGUGGCUGCAAAGGAUUUCACUGUCGAGAAGGCCAUCGCAGCAAAAGAUUUUGCGACUCAGAAGGCAAAAGAAGCGCAUGAUGCAACAAUCGGGAAGGGCGAGUAA